AUGGCAUCGAGUUCCGCAGUCAGGAGAGCGCAAAUUCCAAUAUCUGGCUCCGAUGCGGGGACCCUGCCCCACCUGGUCGAUGCAAUCACUUUCACUGCUGGAUCUCCCCGUCCUCUCUUCGACGAUUCUACUGCUUCUGACGACGCUGCUAACAUAAUCCUGGCUGUUGUUGAGGGAGCCCUCACCACGAGCAUCUUGCCCGACCUGCAAACAUGUGCUGACGCGCUUUCAGUAGCGCUAGUGGAGAGGCAGUGGGGCACGCUAAGCGACGAGGAGAAGGACAACAUCACGGGGGUGGUUGGUGAUCGCUUCGUAGAAUACGUCGCUCGGCGCAUUGAGCAUGCCUGUACCAGUGCCGCCGAAGGAGUCUUGCAGCAGGAUGAGAUCAAGCAUCUCUCGAGGAACCUUUCUGAUAUGGUCGUUACCCGAGCAUUGCAUACGCAGACGCUUGUUGAUCGCAUCUCGCCCCAACACCUUCUCCCGGACUAUCGCCGCCGCAAUCUCGCUGCCCUUCGAGAGCUGCAGAGCGUACGUUCCAGCGUGUUCUCACCCGGGUGGAGAGACUGGUUCCUUCAAGUUCCGCCGAGCUCUUCGCCGCCUUCAAGACGCACGGGGACACCUGAGGGACUCGCCCCUGCUCGUCUGUCGCCAAUUCAAGUAGAGAGGGUCUCGGCAGCGCCUGCCAUUUCUUCCCAUCCAAGUGUCCACUCAUCUGCGGCUCAAGCAACUGUGCAACGAGUCGGAACUGAAUCUGUGGUUCCAAGCGCCGGAUCCACGGAGGCGGUGGACGAAAGUCGGAGGAGACUGGCUCACAAGGAUGCCGAUAAGGCAGCUAAAGCAUUCAAGGGUGGACCCUACUCUGGUAUUGAUGAUCCUCGUGGCCUCUCCGGGUUUUGGUGGCAGCUGGAGAGCUUCGUUGUUCGCCGUGGUUGGCGUCUUGGUGGGCCGGAACAGUACUUUCUCCUCACUAAUCUCGUACCUGAGGAUGAGGCUAGAGAUGUCUUGGACGAGGAGGCACCAGUGACGCUCUCGGGUUAUGCGCAAGCCGUCGAUCGCAUACAUCAGACUUUGUUAGAGGAUAGCGGUGGUAUAUUGGAGUCUGAAAAGUUGCUAUCCGAGACUGUGGUUCGCCAAUCAAGCGAGUCGCUUACGAGCUUCAUUGCUAAGAUCGAUAAAUGGACCAGGCGCUGCAAGAGCGCUGGGGUUGCUCUUUCUGAUGGACAUAUCAUUAAAGCUUACCGUGUGGGCAUUAACGAUUCGGCAUGCAGAGACGCUUCUUAUGAGUACCCUAGCUCGUUGCGUGAGUUUCGCGUCAGAGCUAUGACGCGGGCAGCGCGAGUUGACAGUGAGCAGAAGAAAGGUGGUGAACCUGGUCAUUCAGGACGUCCAGACCAAGCCAAAUUUGCAGCUCGUGAUAAGGGAGGUCAACAGCGUCUCCCAGCCGCUCAAGGAGGACAGAAGCCUCCCACAUCUCCGGGUAUCUGCCGACAGCAUCUUCGAGGGGCCUGCAGCUACGGAGAUCGAUGCAAGUUCUCUCAUGUAUCUGGACCGCGGGAGGAGUGUCGUCAAUGGCUGAACGGCAACUGUCGCUUUGGUGAUCGCUGUGUUUAUGCGCACAACAAGAAGAGAUCGGAUAAUGCUAACGGCAAGAAACCAACAGCUUUGAAGACGGUUCAGGAGGGCCCACCCGAAGAAAAAGAAAUAGGCGAGAGGCCCGCUGAGGAGGAGCAGGUGCAAAUGUUGUGGGCGAUGCCGGACCUUAUGCCUUCUGCCGGUGGGGAUCGACAGCAGUAUGUCGGUCCUACUAUGCUAUUCGAGAUUGCUGGGGGGCAGCGUCCCUUGCAAGCUCUCUUGGAUUCGGGUGCGGUGCGCAAUUAUAUCUCUCAGGCCGUCGUUGAGGCUCGCGGAUGGAAGUGCUUCCCAUCCGAGGCUCUCGCGCGUCUCGCCGAUGGAUCUACACUCAGAGUGCGUGGAUCUGUGCGUGUUAUCGUUGUGUAUGAUGGCAUGGAAGUCCCACUGGACUUCCACAUUCUUCCACCUCGCGCUAAUUCUGUUGCUGCUGAUGAUGCUUUGGACGAUCGUUGCAUCUUGGGUACUCGUUCUAUGUGCACGCUUGGCAUAAGCCUGCGGUUCUCGGAAGAAGGAGGGAAGCGCCGAGUCGUUAUUAGCAGGCCGAUUACUCAUCAACGUUCGACUGUUGAUCAUCCUCAUCUAUCGGCAUCUCAAAGCAUCGUUGCUGAUUACGGGACAGUCAAUGUCAUCGACGAGGUCCUCACUGUGCGUUUUCAUCGAGAUGAUUCCUCCCUCUGUCAUGUGGCAGAAACGUCCGACCUAUUCCCAUCUAUGGCGGUGGAGCCGGACUGCGGCCAACCCCCCGAGCCUGUGUGUAAGCACCGUCCCUUUGAUGACUCCUGGUGUGCCGUUAGAGGUGCGCCGCAGUACGCGGUACGACUGAGGCCAAUGGGCGUCGAUGAGGAGAAGGAUUGCCCUGAUCAAACACAUGUUGCUGAAGUCCGCUGGCAGGUUACUACUGCGCCACCGGGGAGUAAAUUGCCGAGAUCACCAGCAGACUUCUCUAUUCCCCUUCACAAUCGCCUGAGCGAAGAGCAGAAGCGCACCUUUCGGCAAGAGAUCGCUAAGUUCACGGUACGUGGUUGGUGGUCGGAGAUAAGUCCUUCUGAUGCUGAACUGCCGACUACUAGAGAGGAGGAGGAGCAGUUGCCCGUGGCCAUCGCAUUCCCCGUGCCGCAAGGGGAGGCGAAGGUCCGCCCUUGCGUGGACGUGCGUCAAUGCAACCGGCAGUCUCCGAACAGCUCUUAUGUUGGUGCCUCAUGUCCCGUCAUCCUCUCGCAGAUAAGAGUUGCCCUCGCGCAGAUCGCUGCCAAGGCGCGAACUCAUCCGCUGCUUCCGCUGCUGUCUCUUGAGACGAUGGACUGUAUGACGGCUUUUUAUCGUAUUCGACUCCAUCGUAAGUGCGCCCGCAUUCGCUGCUUUGGUCGAGUCUACACGGCUCGACGCCUCAUCUUCGGCCUGCGAUGUGGCCCUGCAGUCCUCGAAGAAGUACUACAUCGCCUUGUUCAAGCUGCUCGACAGAACCUUUCGAGCGACGUGGUCGGGUCAUUGCCGCUAUAUCACUAUGUUUAUGUUGAUGACUUGACAUUGCUAGGGGACCGUCAGGCAGUCACCGCCUUCAAAAACGAGUUGAUACGUGUCGGUGCAGCCUGGGGAUUCGAGUUCUCUGCUGCAAAGAUGCACUCUAUCCACUUCGACGCCGAAGGUCAUUGCAACCCUUUUGACGACUUCACUCACCUCGGAGUCCAAUUUGCUGCACAACCCACCACUACCAACUCCUGCGAGUUGCGUCUUCGCUGCGCACAUAUACCUCUGCCGGAGGUCGGGACCUUGGUGGCCGGCUCGAAACUGUCAAAACGCUGUGCUUUUAAGAUCGCCGGUGCUGCUUUCGAUGUGCUCUCUGUCCAUGGUGAACAGUCGUUAGCAGGCGACCUAGUCCGUCGAGUGUCUGGGCGUUGGAAGACAUCGUCUUGGGAUGAGUCCGUGGUGUUAGCUAAAGACGAAGCGACCGCUCUCAACAUUGCGGUGAAGGUUCUGAGGGAUAAGCCUGCGGUCUGCGAUCAUGCUGUAUGCUUCCAUGCCGAUUAUCUCGACAUCUACGCAGACGCCAGUCCAACCGGUUUGGGAAUCGUGGCACUGUUUAGUCGACGCGGUGAGCAGCGAUGUGAAGAUUCCCAAUCCUCUGGUCAUGCUUCCCAAGAUACUGUUCUGUAUCGCAGAGCGAAAAUGUGGAAGAAUGCACAAUAUAACUGGCACCAAAACCGUAAGGAAGCAUUCGCCUUGGCUGGGUCCUAUCUAUUCCUCAACUCCGUUGUUGCGUAUGUCUCGCCUUUGACGGUGCGGUUCUGGUCCGACUCCCAUACAGCCAUUUCCUGGGUUACUGGUGGGAGUAAGCUUACAUGUAAGUCGAUAGAGAGAGUGGCGAUCUCACGGUUGAUUGAUGCGAUGGCUGAUCUUCGCGAGAGCUGGCAUCGUCGUUACGGUCUAGUCCCCGUGACCUAUCAUCUCGCCGGCAAGAAGAACUCCUCCGCUGAUGAGUUGAGUAGGCUCUCCGCGCUAUGGAAGGUGCCAACGACUCUGCUGCAGCGCGACUCGAUGAGGCUGGAGGAUGGCAUCCAACAGGGGGGCAGACCUUCCAUCGACAAGCCUUCUGCCGUCGCUUAUGAGCAUGCCGAACCAGUUUUUACCUGUGCUUCUUACGAUGAUCAACUCUUUGCUUUGAGCGCCACGGAUGUGUUGGCCCCGCCUGAUCGUUAUGCCAUGUCUGUCGGUCGUCCCGCGAGAACCGAGCUGUUGAAGCUGCAGUGGGGAUCGCCUUGCCUGCGCGCUAUUUUAUCAGCCCUUGGAUCCCGUGCACCGGGUGACCGUGAGGCUGCCAGAGCAGUCGAUCUUCCACGCGACCUUGCUAAGGAGCUGAAGGAGUUCUCGAUUGCGGAGGAUGGUUUACUCAUGAAGCGUAUCUCCACAACUCGUGUUCACAAUUCUAGAGGAUCUCGACUGUGCUACGCUGUACCUAUGGAUUCGGAUGAUGGCAAAAGAUAUGCGCAGAAUCUUGUCUCAUCCUACCAUUCUACCUCCGGUCCAGACAUCCGGGAUGUCUGGGUCAAAGGCAUUUGCGCUGGUUGGACCCUAACUAUGGGAGUAUCUGCUCCGUGGCAGACGGUAUCGGUAGACAUCGCUGACAUGGUGAUUGAUCGUACCAAUAAGUUCUCCUGCGCAUUAUUCUUGAUUGAUCAUUACAAUAUGAAGGCUCCUACUGUUAGUCGCACGGUGGAGUCUUACAUUAUGAUGUUCGGGAGCAUGCUAACACUUCGCAGUGAUGCAGGUCCCUGUUUCAGGGGACGCCCUUUUGUUGCCAUGCUCAAGAAAUACGGUAUACGCCAUAAGAUGACUGGACCUUUUGCCCCAUUCUCUAAUGGAGCGGUCGAGCGGGCCAUAUCCUCCAUCAAGUUUAUCUCUCGUUCGUUGAAGAAUAAACGUAAUUGGCCUCAAUUUUUGCCUCGCGUGCUCUUCCGCCUUAACGCCAAGGCACUGAAUCACGUCGAGUUAUCUCCUUUCGACAUUUUCUUCGGUCGGAGUCUCCGUCUGCCAUUGGAAGUGGCUCUGGAGAACACUGGAGUAGCUGCUGAGGCUCAUGCUACUCCUGAAUCUGAGGAAGCCAGGAAGGAGACCCGUGAUGAGAUCGAUCGUCUGGUAUGCGCCGCCUUGCGUAUUCGCGAUGAUGAGGUCAGUACUGCUCGCGGCCACCUGCGCAGAGGCCCUCCAGCUGUUGGUUCUACGGUACUUAUUUACGAACCCGGGGUCGCUGGCAAAGGAGGGACCUAUGAUCGCCAACCUUAUGUCGUUAAUGAUAUUCUUGAUGGCACAACCUUGAAACUAUCCAAGGUUGGUGAACCAUCUUCCACUAAAACUAGUCAUUAUUUGAAUGUCCGUCCGUACUAUGGAUCAUCCGGGGGGCAUGUGAGAGAUUGA